GCAAAACAGGGAUAUUUGUGACCACACACAGCAGUGCAGGGGUCCAGCGAGAGAGGGGGGGUGGUGGUGAUGGUCAAGCUUUAAGUUGCAUCUAUAGUCGUUUUUUCUUAACUAUUACCUCAAACAUGUCGCGGAUAUUAAACCUAAUCAACUGUCAUCUGCGGAGAGAUUUAGCCGCGUGUCGAGGGAUAGCUCGGCUUCCUUUGAGGACCAUCUGCUGCACUUCAAGAAAACAAGCUGAAGAGAGCGAUGCAUCCUCAGCUUUGAGAAAGAGGUGGAAGGACACAGCAGACACUGUCAUCAUUGGUGGGGGAUGUGUGGGGACCAGCUUGGCGUAUCACCUGGCCAAAGGUGGCAUGAAGGACGUGGUGCUACUGGAGAAGACUGAGCUGACGGCUGGAUCCACCUGGCACGCUGCUGGUUUGACAACAUAUUACCACCCAGGCAUCAACGUUAAAAAAGUCCACUAUGACAGCAUUAAAUUAUAUGAGAGCCUGGAGGCUGAAACUGGACAGGCAGUGGGCCUGCAUCAGCCCGGCAGUGUCCGUAUUGCUUCAACACCGGCUCGAGUGGAUGAGAUGAAGUACCAGAUGACACGCACACACUGGCAUGUGACAGAACAGUACCUCAUCGGACCAGAGAAAGUGCACGAACUUUUCCCUCUGCUCGAUAUAAACAAGGUCUUGGCAGGCCUUUACACCCCAGGAGACGGUCACAUUGAUCCUUACUCUCUGACCAUGGCUCUGGCUGCCGGUGCUCGUAUGUAUGGUGCCCAAAUCUACAACCCGGCUCCAGUCACAGCCCUCAAGCCGACUGCUGACGGCAAGUGGGACGUUCAAACUCCUCACGGGACCAUCCGCGCAAAUCGCAUUGUCAAUUCAUCAGGUUUCUGGGCCCGGGAAGUGGGCAACAUGAUUGGUUUUGAACAUCCCACCAUCCCAGUGCAUCACCAGUAUGUAGUGACUGCAACGGUACCAGAGGUGAAGGCUCUGAAGAAGGAGCUGGCUGUCAUCAGGGACCUUGAGGCCUCUUAUUACUUGCGUCAGGAAAGAGACGGCCUCCUGUUUGGCCCUUAUGAAAAAAUGGAAAAGAUGGUGCUGCAGGACUCCUGGGUCAGAGAUGGAGUGCCUCCAGGUUUCGGUAAGGAGCUGUUUGAGUCGGAUCUUGACAGGAUAAUGGAGCAUGUUGAGAUGGCUAUGGAGAUGGUCCCUGUGCUGAAGAAAGCUGACAUCAUCAACAUAGUGUCUGGACCCAUCACAUACACCCCUGACCUGCUGCCCAUGGUCGGACCACACCAAGGAGUUCGCAACUACUGGACAGCCAUUGGCUUUGGGUAUGGGAUCAUCCAUGCUGGUGGUAUUGGUAAGUUCCUGAGUGACUGGAUCAGGAAUGGGGAACCUCCUUACGACCUGAUUGAAUGUGACCCCAACCGCUACGGCAAAUGGGCUGACGUGCCAUUCAUGUGCGCCAAAGCUCGAGAGUCCUAUGGCUUCAACAAUGUGGUUGGUUACCCAAAGGAGGAGCGCUUCUGCGGUCGACCAACCUACCGAACAAGUGGCGUUUAUGAACUGCUGAAAGACAAAGCAUCCAUGGGCUUUCACGCUGGCUGGGAGCAACCUCACUGGUUCUACAAACCUGGAGAUGACAUUGGAUAUAAGCCCAGUUUCCGACGCACCAACUGGUUCAGACCAGUUGGCAGAGAGUGCAAGCUGGUGAUGGAGAAGGUGGGAGUGAUCGACCUGACGCCUUUUGGCAAGUUCGUAGUGAAGGGCAAGGACUCGCACAAGCUGCUGGACCGACUGUUUGCUAACACCAUGCCCAAGGUGGGCCUGACUAAUAUCAGCCACAUGUUGACACCUGCUGGGAGAGUCUUUGCUGAGGUCACCAUCACCCAGCUCGCACCCGGAGAGUUCUUGCUCAUCACAGGCUCAGGAUCAGAGGGACAUGACCUCAGGUGGAUAGAGGCAGAGGCUGCAGACGGUGGAUAUGACGUAGACAUCAGCAAUGUAACAGACGAUAUAGGUGUGCUGGGCAUCGCAGGACCAAACUCCCGCAAAGUUCUUCAGAAGCUGACCAGUGAGGAUAUGAGUGACAGCGGGUUCAAAUUUCUCCAUUGCAAGGCCAUCCAGUUGGCUGGUGUUCCCGUACGAGCAAUCAGGAUCUCCUACACAGGUGAGCUUGGUUGGGAGCUGUACUUGGACCAGAAGAACAUGGCAACUGUGUACCAGGCCAUAAUGGAAGCAGGAAAAGACGAAGGCAUCGACAAUUUCGGCACCUAUGCCAUGUCCUCCCUCAGACUGGAAAAGGGUUUCAGAGGUUGGGGGGCUGAGAUGAACUGUGACACCAACCCUCUGGAGGCUGGAUUGGAUUAUUUCAUCAAACUGAACAAGCCUGCUGACUUUAUUGGCAAAGCAGCCCUUCAGGAAAUAAAAGCCAAGGGCCUGAAGAGAAAGCUUUCCUAUCUCACCCUGGAUACAGAUGAUAUAGACCCCGAGGGCAACGAGACAGUCUGGCACAAUGGCAAGGUGGUCGGCAACACAACAUCUGGAGCCUACAGCUACAGCUCUCAGCAGAGCCUGGCGUUUGCCUACCUGCCUCUGGAGCUGUGCUCUGUGGGCCAGAAGGUGGAGGUAGAGCUGCUAGGGAGGAAAUACCCGGCCAUGGUCAUCCAGGAGCCCUUGGUGCUAACAGAGCCCACACGGACCCGGCUGCAGAAGAAAGCAAAGGGAAAAGCAUAAGCACAGUCUUUAUCAGUUUCUUACCAGCUAGUGAAGAACAAUUUUAUUGUGACGUAUCAAUGAGAGUCUUAUAUGAAAGAAAAAAAAAGAUCUAUGUACUGAUCUGUCUGUGGCCAGUUUAAAGAACAAGAGUCGUAUCACUUCAUAACUUCCUCUUCCUGUCGUGUCUCUUAAGGAGGGUGAAGUUCAGCAGUGUUUAGUGCAUCUUAUGAAUUUGUUUAUGAGCAACAGGGAAAUAGUAACUGUCUGUUAAGUGUCCUUGCAUCACAAUGCCUUACAGUGCUGAAGGUAUAAUUGAGGUUUUGUAAUUCUAUGAAUGUUAAUGGUUUACAGGUCAGCAGUUUUGUGAAGGAUGCUUGAUUGUUGAAAAAAGAAAAAUGACUUGGUGUUAAUGUGAAAUUUAAAGAAAUGAUGGUGCUGCGUUUUUAUUUUCAUAUUUCAUAUUUUCAUAUUUCAUAUGCACAUUGGUACUGUGAUAAAUGUCACACAGAAUAUGAACAGCAAUAGCCAAAAGAAGCCAAACGCUUGCAAACUUGUAUAAAGAUUGUUUUAUAAAUCUGUGUUGUUGUUUUUUUUAACUAAUGUGUAAUUAAAGUGGUUUACAUUAAUACCUUCAUAAUUAAAGCAAUGCACUCUGUCUUGUUUUA